AUGAUGAAUUUCCGGAAUAAUUCUGAUACAUCAAUAGGGUCCAGAGAUAAAAACUUGCCUCCAAUUCCAAUAGAUCAACAACUACAACAACAAAAUUCAUCAUCAUCUAAUAUACUAGAAACAAAAACAUUGAAAAGAAAGAAUUUAAAACAUUUACAAUUAUCACUGCCAACAACAUCCAAUGAAAAUGAAAAUUUAGAAGAUUCAUCAAUAAUACGGGAACCUUUAUCAUUGAGAAACAAACGACAGCAAAGACCAGCUCCAAUGCUUAAUCUACCUAAUUUAUCAUCUAAAUCAAUAAAUUCAACAUCUCCCAAUAUACUAAAUCAAUUUCCAUCAUCAUCAUCUCAAAGAUCACUAUCACAAACUUCAAUAACAACUCCAAAUUUAAAUAACAAUAGAAAUAAUUCACUGCUGGGAGUAAUAAUAAGUCAAACUUUGAGUAGACCAACAAGUGCAGGAACUUCAAUAACUGAAUUUAAUAUAAAUGGAAGUAAUAGAAACGUCGAUCCCGAAUCUGAAAUCUCAACAGAUUUAAUAAUGAAUCAAAUCUCAAAUUUAGAUUUGAAAAGAAACAUACAAUCUGGUAAUGGUAAUCAUCAAAAUAGACAAACUGUAAUAUCAUCUAUAUCACCUACAAAAUCAACUGCAUCUAAUUCACCAAUGGACGCAACCACUACAAACCACUUAUUCAGCAAAAAUGAAUUAAAUAUAGAUUCACCGAUAUCAACAACAAAUUCAAUUAAAUUAUAUAACAAAGAUCUUUUAACUUUGAAGCAAUUGGGUUCUGGAAAUUCAGGUUCUGUAUCAAAGAUCUUACAUGUCCCUACUCAAAAAAUAAUGGCCAAAAAAAUCAUACAUAUUGAUUCCAAAAGUAUAAUUCAAACUCAAAUAAUUAGAGAACUCAGAAUACUACACGAAUGUAAUUCUCCUUUUAUUAUAGAAUUUUAUGGAGCAUUUUUAAACAACAACAACACUAUAGUACUUUGUAUGGAAUAUUGUAAUUGUGGAUCAUUAGACAAAAUAUUACCAUUAUGUGAAUAUAAACAAUUCCCCAACUAUGUACUUAAAAAAUUAUCAUUUGCCAUAUUAUCAGGAUUAACAUAUUUAUACACCACUCAUAAAAUAAUUCAUAGAGAUAUAAAACCAAAUAAUGUAUUAAUGACCCACAAGGGAGAAUUCAAAUUAUGUGAUUUUGGAGUUUCAAGAGAAUUAACUAACUCUUUAGCCAUGGCUGAUACUUUUGUAGGUACUUCAAUGUAUAUGUCACCAGAAAGAAUUCAGGGUUUAAAUUAUGGGGUAAAAUCCGAUGUUUGGUCAAUGGGUUUAAUGUUAAUAGAAUUAGCUACGGGUAAGCAAGUAUGGUCAGAUGAUAAUUAUGAAGAUGAGGAGAUGUUAUCAAGCAAUUCCUUCAAAGGACCAGAAGGGAUAUUGGAUCUUUUACAAAGAAUAGUUAAUGAAAACCCACCGACUUUGAAGAAUAAAAUAAAUAAAACCACUAACAAACCAUUUGAUUCAGAUUUAAUAAAUUUUAUUGAUUCAUGUUUGAUUAAAAAUGAUUCCGUUAGAAAAUCUCCUUGGCAAUUACUAAAAGUUGAUCCAUUUUUUAAUGGAGUUGAAGAAGGUUUGUAUGAUAAAGAACAUAAAGCUUGGGCAAAAAAAAUAAGAAAAGCUAAUAAAUCAGAUAAUGACAAAUAA